GAAUCGAAGCUUUGGACCUGCAUGAGCCCUCGAUUUUUCCCCAAAUGAGCUUGGGCCCGCAGCUCCUGGUCGACGUUUACACGUCCUCUCAAGGUGCACAACACGGAUCCACAACGACGAGGGGAUAUAAAAGCCCUCCUGCUCUGCAAAUGAGCUCGAUAUCUACCUCUCGCUGCCCCAAUUCCACAGAACCAUGGACGCUAACCUGAACCAACCCACUCCACUCAAGGACAUGCACGAAUGUGUAUCGUCCUGGUUCCUUGGCCCUCGCGCUGAGAACUUUGACCUCCUCAAGGAGAUCUUCGCCGGCGUGCUCGACGAGCACCGCCGCGUUCGCGAGGACUAUCAUCCUGAGGAUGGCACCUUCAUCACCCAAUCUAUUCACGAGUCCAAGACCUUCCAAGAGAAUGUUUGCUUACUCCGCAAGGAGAUCGAUACGGUCAGCAAGCUGCUGAACGAGUUUUCCGUCCCCUUUUUCUCUCCUCGAUACAUGGGACACAUGAUUUGGGAGACGUCUCUUCCUGCGUUGGCUGGCUGGCUGUGCACGCUCCUCUUCAACCAGAACAAUGUUACCUUUGAGGCCAGCCCUCUGACGACGCUCGUCGAGAUCGAGGUCGGAAACCAGCUCUGCAGUAUGUUGGGCUACUCCAAGGGCGACGAGAAUUUGCCCGAAUCUUGGGGACACAUUGCCAGCGAUGGCACGCUGGCGAACAUGGAGUCAAUGUGGGCUGCGCGCAACCUGAAGUACUACCCGCUCUCCGUCCACACGGCCAUGAAGUCAGGCAGGCUCGCCUUCAUCGCAGACAAGUUUAAGGUCACCACUGCCGACAAACCCGAUGAGCCACAGCUCUUCAAGGACUUGACGACGUGGCAGCUGCUCAACCUUCCGCCUCCGGUCAUCCUCGGCAUGGGCGACCAGCUGCACCUCCAGUUCGGCAUCACGCCGACCUUCCUGUCGAACGCGAUCUCGCCGUAUCUUGUUCAGUCGAAGGGCAAGGAGGAUCUCCUGAAGAACUACAACAUCGAGCACCCUCCGCAGUGCUUCUUCUCGUCUACGAAGCACUACUCGUGGCCGAAGGCGGCUGCCCUUGUUGGCAUCGGCUCCGAUAACUGCAUCAACAUCCCCGUCGACAGCGACGCCCGCAUCGACAUCGCCAAGCUCGACGCCCUCCUGCAACAAUGUCUCGACAAAAAGCAAGCCGUCUACUCCGUCGUCGCCAUCAUCGGCUCCACCGAGGAGGGCACCGUCGACCCGCUCGACCGCGUCGUCGAGCUGCGCGAGAAGUACGCGAAGAAGGGCCUGACCUUCAUCGUGCACGCCGACGCCGCAUGGGGCGGGUACUUUGCGAGCAUGAUCCGCGACCCGCCGGAGGGACUUAACAAUCGGUACGAUGACCAGGAGGACGAGGAGGGGUCGAGGGACUUUGUGCCGGCGAUUACGAUGCGGGAUUAUUCGGUCAGGCAGUUCCGUGCGCUGGCGAGGGCGGACUCGAUCACUAUCGACCCGCACAAGGCGGGGUAUGUGCCGUACCCGGCGGGUGGGUUGUGCUACAGGGAUGGGCGAAUGCGGUUCUUGUUGACCUGGACGGCGCCGUAUCUGCAUGACAGCGACAACGGCGAGAGCAUUGGUGUGUACGGGAUCGAGGGAAGCAAACCCGGCUCGGCUGCCAUCGCCUGCUACCUCCACAACAGCGUCGUCGGCCUGCACAAGCUCGGUCACGGCGCCCUCCUCGGCGAAGUCUCUUUCACCUGUCGUCGCUUCUCCGCGCAUUGGGCCGCCAUGUCCGACGACACCACCGACUUCAUCGUCGUCCCCUUCAACAAAUUCACCCGCGAAGCCGACGGCCCAGCCGGCAUCGCCGAAGAAAAGGCCUUCAUCCGCACCUACAUCCUCGGCCAGUCCAACCAGGCAAUCCUCAAGAACCCCCCCGCGCUCGACGAGAUCUGCGCCCUCGGCUCGGACCUGAACAUCAACGUCUUCACGUGCAAUUUCCGGGACGCGAAUGGGCGCGUGAACACGGAUGUGGAGGAGGCGAAUUAUUUGAACAAUAGGAUCUUUGAGAGGUUGAGUUUGACGAGUGUGGGCGAGAGGCCGGAAGAGAUUCCGAUCUUCUUGACGGCGACGGUGUUCGAUAGGAAGGACUAUGGCGAGUGCUUGGAUGUGUACAAGCGCCGCCUUGGAUUAGAGACAGAGUCGAAGCAGGCGCUGUUCGUUCUUCGCCAUGUCGUUAUGUCGCCGUUCCAGGGUGCAGGCAAUUUCGUCGAGGACAUCUGCAAGAUAUUCCAGAAGACGCUCGAGGAGGAAAUUGCGAAUGUCGUCGAGAGGAACACCGUCUCGCCUCAGAUCCACGAGUUCAUCAUACAAGGGGCUGACCAGCCGUACCUCGUCUACCGCCCGCUGUUCCACCACGCCAACGGUCGCCAGCAGCUGAUCCUCAGCGUCGGGAAUAUCGAGAAGGGUCCAUGGGCCAAGGUUAAGGACGCGAUGGCGAAGCACCCGGAUGCGGUCUUCAAGCUGCAGACGUCGUCCAAGGCGACGAUUGACCAGAUCUUGAGCGGUUGCCGCUCCUGCGGUGACGCUAGCUUCCACGGCGACAUCACUGGCCCCGGAAUCGACCUCCAGUCCAUUUACCUGUCGAAGGUGAAGGUCAUCAAGCAGCGCACCCUCGAGUCUGCGUACCGUGACGAGGACUACCCCACGGAGUCCGUACCCUACUACCUCUACGGCUGUCACGGCGAAGUGCACGUCGACCAUAUGCUCAUCGUCGCCCCCAACGCGCAGAUCUCGUCCGCGCGCGUCCACCUCGACGUCCAACCGCCCUUAUCCGACGCCCACCUCGCCCGCGGCGUCAUCGCGCACAUCGAGGUCCCCGAGGACGCCCUCCAGCCCAUUGAGGCCGAGCAUCCCUUCAUGCCCAAGACCACCUUCCCCGUCACCAUUCGCGAGGACGCGCACGACGCCAAGGCGCACGGGCCCGGCCUUACCAAGGGCGGCCGCGAGCUCGCGCGGGGCACGCUCACCUUCGGUGAUGCCGUCUUCACGGACGUGGACCGCCUGAACACGCAGGACUUCGCGCCGGAUGCGCGCGCGUCAAACUACACAUCAAGCGUCGCGAGCAAGCAGGUCAAGGCCGAGUGGGCGCGUGUGGUCCAGGAGCGCCUGGGGCUCCAGCCGAGCGGCGGGAAGGUGGUGGCGCCCGUGCCAAAGUCCGAGGGCCAGAAGGGUCAUGUCGGAGGCGGUCUUGUGUAUGAUGUCGUGAAGGCUAGUGGGGAGGUUGUGCAAGGCACGGUGCAGGCGGGGGGAAGUGUGGCUCAAGGUGUUUUGAAGGGUGGCAGUGAUGUAGUUGGGGGCGUGCGCAAGGCGGGUCAGACAAUCUUCGGUGGCUUCAGAGUCUGAAGAACUGUUGUGUAGUUGUAUAGUUGCGUGUAAUGGACUCGUAUAUGAAGAAAACAAUUCAUCAUCGGUACCUCACUGCAAGGCAAAAGCUAGAAUCGCAGGCCUGCCC